AUGACUGAUGCAAUUACCCAACAUCAAGUGCGGGGCCUCCGUACGCGUCUCAAUAUGCUCCGAAUGCCAGAGCUGCGUAAUAUUCUAAUGGACCUUAAUUUGGCCCGUUCGGGGCGCAAAUCCGAGCUUGUCGACCGUAUUGCCAGUGAGAUGGAGCACUUUGCAGAUAAAGCUCGAGGUACGACAUCGGCUCCUUUCUACGCCGAGAGACUGUCGUCUGGUAUGAGAAGUAUUGAGAUCCAGACAAGGGGAAGAACAAGUUAUACACCUGUACCUCAGGUCGUGCCAGUAAGCUAUUGUUCGCCACAGGUAGCGGCUUGUUACGCACCAACGACACCACCAACUCGCUCUAUUCCUGUCCCUGUGUAUGGACGUAUUGCACCACCUCAUGUACCAGUGACAUAUGGAGCUGUGAAUGGAGUUCCAGCUGGUACGGGGGUCAUUGCACUCACUAGUGGCGUCGAUCUGUAUCAUCCUACAAAAGCCGCAGCACUGGACGGUGCAAGAUGUUUCUGCACAAUGCAAGGAGUAGCCGGGAAAGUGAUCAAGUGUGUGGAUUGUGGCUUGGCUGUACAUGCCAAGUGUCACCAGUUGGUAACGUUGAGUGGCGAGUGGUACUGUGAAAUGUGUCGAUCAAAGACGUACGAUCCGUUUUACAAGGUGCAAAAGACUGUGGUUGAUCCAAACUUUGUGCGCUUUGCCAAGUCUGCGAGCUCUUUUCGGCUUGAGUACUACAUCACGGACAACGACCUGAACAAUAUGUAUGUUAAGCGGGACCCGCAACCUGGAUCAAUGACACCAGGAUCCUUGGAGCUGCAACUGCGAUGCUUUGCCGUGAAAGAAGAUCUUGGUGCAGGACACUGUUGGCCUGCAUCUACACAGCUGAGCGUGAACGGUUUCGGUGUGCCUAUCACGCAGCGUGCUCCGCCUGGCCAUGCGAAUCCUUCCAAAGUGUUGCGAGAAUUACCAGCAAACAUCUUUCAGUACUCGCGCGCAGGCCGAAAUGUUGUUGAUAUUCGAAGUGUCGAGAACCCGUCUGUGUUUGGAUUCAUGGUACAGAUCGUGGAGGUGUGCAACAUCAAUGAUCUCGUGAAUGAGGUGAAAGAGGCAUCGAAGCAUCUGACGUACGAUAUUGCAAAGCAAGAAGUCAUCAAUUCAUUUGGCAGUGAAGAUGAAGACGAUGUUGUUGCCACCGUUACGAUGCUGUCGGUUCGCUGUCCAUUGGGUCUAUGUGUGAUUAACCUGCCGGCCCGAGGCCUGCACUGCAAACAUUUGCAGUGUUUUGAUCUUAGAACAUUUUUGCUGUUCAGCAAGAAAGCACGGUCGAAGGCGUGGCGGUGCACAGUGUGCCAUCAAUUUAUCAAGGCUGCAGAUUUACGUAUUGAUCCUUAUUUAAAGAAGCUUCUUACUGAAGUAGAAGGUGAAGAUGAACUAGAGGAAGUCGAAAUCUUUCCCGAUGGAUCAUGGAAACGGAGGCUAGAAAAAGAAUCAGUGUCAGAGCCUCCAGCCAAGAAAGUCAAAGCGGAGCGAGCAGAAGUUAGUACAUUGCCAGCAGAUGUCACCUCAAUUUCUGGUGGAGCACCUGCGGCACCCACUGACGCGUUGAAUGGAGCAGCUGGGUUUAGUUCAACAGCACCAGUGGAGAUUGAUUUAUUAUCCAGUGAUGAUGAGGUUGAAGAGGACACAGCAAGACGAAACACGCCAAGUGUCACUGCUGUGUCUACUACUCCCAUCCUGCUUGAUGACGAUAUUGAUAUAUUAACGGUGGGUAGCGACGUAUGGGAUACCCCGGUGAUGCCUGCAUCGACGAGCACAACAAGCGGUGGGAGCGAUGGCAAUUGUGGCGAAUACUUUCCAUUUCCGUUGGAUGAAAAUCUGUUUCCUUCAAAUGGCACGUCGGCUAGCACUGCAAGUACUUCGUCUUCGUGGAUGUAUUCGGUGCCUGCGAGUACCAUUGUGAACAGUAUGCCCCCACCGACGUCUACAGUUGCAUCAACACCGCUGACAGUGUUACCUCUUCAAGAAUUGCUCAACCAAGCAGAAUCAAAUCUGGCAAACUCAAUGGCUUCAUUGUCUCGGAAUCACAAUGUCGAUAACCCGUUCGACCCCCAGCGACAACGACGUGAAGCACGACCACCUUCAAAACUCAGAGCAAAGCCAAACGACAUGGAUAUUAUCUGCUUACUGGAUAGCGACAGCGAUUAA